UGCAACGGUGACACACGCCGCAGUUGUUUUCCGCUUUUGCUGGAUCUUUCUUUCCUCUCGUUUCGUCCGCGCAGGUAAAACAUCAUUCCGCGAAGAAGAUAUUCCUCCGUUUAUUAAGAAGUAUACAGCAGAGGAUCAAUCUAUAACAUUUCAACAUAACAACGAUUCGCGCAUAUCGGAUUGUGAAUAUGUUGCUGUCAUCGGUCCCAAGGCAUAUGCUGGUUCGAUGCCGAAGGGCACGGAGCCUCUCUCCUUGUCGGGUUCUGCAGACAAGUUCUGCGGAUGCCACGAGGAGCCAGACUCUUCACGACAUAGAAUCUAAUCGCAACCCCAUCGUUUCCACGUCCCGUGUGUCGAGGAAGGGCAUUCUGAGCGAGGACACGAUGCCCACGAAUGUCAAUUCGCAUGUGCAGUACCACCAUUUGGCCGCUAGAUGGAUCACUAACCUACAGGGCAGGAGAAACUCGUGGAAUUCUCUCGCUGCGCGGGGGUGUACGAACAACUAUUGGGAUGAAGGUGGAAAGAAGGGAGAAAGUUCCUACGGAGUAGCUUCAGCGGGGGUCGUUUCAGCUGCUGCUCUUGCUUACUGUCUCAAGAAAGACUCAGACUCAAAAGGAGACUUACUGUUGGAAGCCUCCAGGACCAAUAAUGCCCAAGACGUCUCAAGGUUGCUGGGUGAAGGAAUUGAUCCAAACUACCGCCACCGUUUGGGCUGGACAGCGCUGAUGGUGGCGGCCAUGAACCGGCAGCACAAUGUGGUAAAAGUCCUGCUGGCAGCAGGUGCUGACCCGAACCUGGGGGACGACUUCAGCAGCGUGUAUGAAAUGUCUCGAGAGAAGGGGAUCCACUCCCUGGAAGUGCUCGUUACACGAGAGGACGAGUUUAACAGCCGCCUGAGCAGCCGUGCCAGUUUCCGAGGCUGCACGCCGCUGCACUACGCCGUCCUCGCCGACGACCCGCGCACGGUCCGCGCUCUGCUGGAGGCAGGUGCCAGCCCCCUGCUGACCAAUGAUAUGGGGCACACGCCACUGGCAUAUGCCAAGGAGGGAGAGAUGCAGACACUGCUGAAGGAGUGGGAGGGCAAGUUCCAGGAGGAGCAGAAGCGCCGGGAGGCAGAGGAGCGGAGACGCUUCCCUCUGGAGAAGAGGCUACGGGAGCACAUCAUUGGCCAGGAGGGUGCCAUCAACACUGUGGCCUCAGCCAUCCGGAGGAAGGAGAACGGCUGGUACGAUGAAGAGCACCCCCUCGUCUUCCUCUUCCUUGGAUCGUCUGGAAUCGGUAAAACAGAGCUGGCCAAGCAAGUUGCCCGAUACAUGCACAAAGACGUCAAAAAGGGAUUCAUACGGAUGGACAUGUCAGAGUUCCAAGAAAAACACGAGGUGGCAAAGUUUAUCGGUUCCCCGCCUGGGUACGUGGGUCAUGAGGAAGGGGGACAGCUGACCAAGCAGCUAAAGCAGUGUCCCAACGCAGUGGUCCUGUUUGACGAGGUGGACAAGGCCCACCCUGACGUGCUCACCAUAAUGCUGCAGCUCUUUGAUGAGGGGAGGCUCACGGACGGAAAGGGCAAGACCAUCGAAUGCAAAGAUGCCAUCUUCAUCAUGACGUCCAAUGUGGCGAGUGACGAAAUUGCCCAUCAUGCACUGCAGCUGCGGCAGGAAGCACAGGAGCAGAGCCGGAGACGGCUGGCAGAGAAUCUGAAGGAUGUGCAGACAAGUGACAAAAUCACCAUUUCGAAGCAGUUUAAGGAGGACGUAAUUCGACCCAUUCUGAAGGCGCAGUUCAGGAGGGACGAGUUUCUCGGUCGGAUCAACGAGAUUGUGUACUUCCUGCCUUUCUGUCGCUCUGAGCUCAUCCAGCUGGUCAGCAAGGAGCUAAACUUCUGGGCCAAGAAGGCUAAGCAGAGGCACAACAUCACCCUGCUGUGGGACCGUCCCGUGUUGGACCUGCUCGCCGGGGGUUACAACCUGCACUACGGCGCACGCUCCAUCAAACAUGAGGUGGAGCGGCGUGUGGUAAACCAGCUGGCUGCGGCCUAUGAGCAAGAGCUUCUUCCUAAGGGCUGCACUCUGCGUCUCUCUGUGGAUGCUGGGGCCGACCUCGAGGGCCAGGAAGGCCAGGCUGAGGGCAGGGGGACGCCCAGCCUCCGCCUGGAUAUAGUGGGAGCGGACAGCUCCUCCCGUAAGCUGGACAUCCAGCCCCCUCUCAACCCAGAGGAGAUGGCCCACUUUCACUGACCACACCAAAAGUCAAAGGGCAUCCUAAGCAUAUAGCCAUUCAGCCUAACAGUAACCCCCAGCAGGGAACUGUGUCCUAACGCCCCAGCCAGCCACUGCCACAUCUCAAUGCCAUCUCUGAUCCAGAGGACAGUGCCAUAUAAAUGUCUGUGGUCUCAUUUUUGGUGCAAAUGGUAAAAUAACGAAGCUUCGGUCUUAUCAGAUCCCUCCCAGAUGCACACCCAAGUGUACUCUUACGCUGUGUCUUUACGAAGCAGAAUGCCAUAAACCAAGUGCAUUGCUUCAUUUUGCCUCCCCAGCAGCCCACAGCAUGUCUCGUCUCAUUCUGGUACCUGCAGUAGACAUGAUCCACACUCUCUGAUGCUGUGAAAGCUACAGUCUGGAGGAACAAAUGCAAUAGAUCAACAGCUAUUAUGUUUUUGCUACUUAGAAAAAAAAAGUAUAUGUUUAUGGAUAUAUAGAUGUAGAGCCACAAUGGUAGAUACCCAGUAGUAUUGCAGAGUGUUCGAAAGGUUGCUUAGAGGAGUGAAAAGCUUGAGACGAAGGUACUAGAGUUAAGUGUUGUAGGGACACAUAGUCAGUUUUGUCUACAUAAGAAACACCAGCAGGUGCAAGUUAAGUUUAAAAUGUGAAGCGUGAAGAAUUAGUUUAUUUACACAUACAUUUUUGUCAACAACAAAAAUAUUAUAAUGAUUUUGAUAUAAAAAUGCUACACAGAACCUGUAGAAUAAAUAAAUGAUUAAUGGUAAAAAUAUACACUCAGCCUUUAUGUCUAAAUGUUACAAGGUUGUACAGUAGCAUUUGUGUUGUGCAGAAAGGGGUAGGAACACAGUAAAAGUGGAAAAAGAAUAUAAUAUAAAAACGGAGUUUAUUGUACUUAUUUAUAUAUUUGACACAUCGCAUGUUGACCAUGUAAAAGAAAUAAAGAAAUAAUGUUGUGGAAACAUUUUGCCACCUUGUAUCCACACAGUGAAAUAAACCACAAACCAA